UUGAUUCAGGCAUACUUCGUUGGAGUAAAACCGACAGAAAAGCAAGAUAAAGACGCACCACCGAAGAAGAACACCUGCAAGCCUCCACAGCCGGUGGAAUGCGGAAAAACUUGCGAGUUCCAUCAACUGGCCUCUUUCAGAUUCAUGGUUUGUGAGUCGAUACCGGCUGGAGUCACAUUUAACUCUUCGUAUCCGAUUUUCAACAGCACCACCAGCUGCUGGAUGAGACUCAUGAUUAAGUUUAACAAUUUUUCUAUUAUUAAGAGUUUGUAUCAUGUUAUUGUGAUUUCAGGUGCUGCUAAACACGACAUCCUCAUCGGUAGUUUCUACUGGUCAUUGCUGGUGAAGAACACUGGAGACAAUUAUACCGUCGACACGACGAACACUACUGGCGAUGGAAUGUUGAUAUACAACACUCUGCUGAAGACGGCUCAACGCGGUGUCAAAGUGAAAAUCAGCCAGACUUAUCGGGAUGGAGGGUAUUCCGAAACAGCAAAUCUGGCGGCAGAAUCGAACGGAAAUAUCGAAGUGCGCUCACUCGACUUCACUCAGUGGUAUCCAGGUGGAAUUCUUCACACAAAAUCGUGGGUCGUCGAUGGGAAGCAUUUGUACGUUGGUUCGGCCAAUUUCGAUUGGCGAUCUCUUACUCAGGUAAAAGAAUUAGGCAUGGCUGUUUUUGAUUGUCCUUGCUUGGCGGAAGACCUCACAAAAUUGCUGCAAAUUCAUUGGGAUAUGGGUGCUCCUGGAGCGAAAAUUCCGGACAGUUGGCCCAUGGUCUACGCGACAUCCGCUUACCAUGAACGGCCGACCACAGUGCCACAAAGUGAGGGUGAUCAGGCCGUGUACUUUUCUGCAUCUCCUCCAGGAUUUCAGUCAUGUGGAAGAGAGUCCGACAUUGACGCCAUGGUGAAACUCAUCGAUGAAGCUCAGGAUGUUACAUUGGAUCAAUUUUCCAGAUGGUACGCUCGUCUUGAUGAGGCUAUCCGUAGAGCUGCCUUUAACCGACAAGUGAAGGUUCGCUUUCUCUUCUCUCGUUGGGCUCAUACUUCCGCAAAGUAUUAUUCUUAUCUUCGUUCGUUACAGGACCUCAGCAGUCAAUUACCAUGCCGAUAUGUUGGUACGAAUCUCUUUAAAUUGAGAACAUCGAAUUGGACACCUGAUUAUUGGAAGUAUACGGCUGGAAUAGGAAUGGUUAUUAGGGCUGACGAUAUAAGCCAGAAUUCAACAGUGGCUAAUCAAAUUGUGCAGGUAAGAUGA